UCAAAACAAAAUUUGACAACGUGACAGCGGCGAUUCCAUUUUUUGGAGCAAAAUCACUGAAAUGGACACUCAAUUGCACGAACAAGUCCUCGAAUACGUGGAAAAACACGGAAAAGUCGACACUUUAGACCUGGCGACGCAUUUUUCCGUGGAUCAUCAAAAAAUAGUCGGCGCUGUUAAAUCGAUCGAAGCCCAUGGAAACCUCAUCAACAGCGAAAUUACCUCAAGAAAGUCAUGGGAACUCACGAAGGAGGGUCAGGAAGUGGCUGCCAACGGAAGUCAUGAAGCUGUCGUCUUCCGGGCGAUUCCUGCGGGCGGAAUUCCUCAAGCGGAACUCAUGAAAACGUCGCCGAAUGCGAAAAUUGGCAUUAGCAAGGCUGUGGCGAACGGUUGGAUCGAAUUUGACAAGUCCGGAGGAGCUCCAGUUGUUAAGAAAAAGGUCGAUAAGAUCGAGGAUCAAACCCAAAAGUACUUGCAAGCCAUUUUAAAGGGAAGCGGCGACAGCAGUGUGCCUGAAAAUGUGAAACAAGAGUUCAAAAAACGUAAAUUGAUGCAAGAAAUUACGACAAAAAGUUACAUUUUGACGAAAGGCGCUGAGUUUUCCACGAAAUUGAAGAAACUUGAGACAGAUUUGACCGUCGAGAUGCUCGCCGGUGACUUAUGGAAGGAACUUUCGUUCAAACCGUACAAUUUUGAUGCCUUGGGAGCGCCGCCAGAACGUGGACAUCUCCAUCCGUUGAUGAAAGUUCGUUCGGAAUUUCGACAAAUUUUUCUCGAAAUGGGUUUCAUUGAGAUGCCGACGAAUAUGUACGUUGAAUCGUCCUUUUGGAAUUUUGAUGCGUUGUUUCAGCCGCAACAACAUCCGGCGAGAGAUGCGCAAGAUACGUUUUUCGUGAGUAAUCCGGAGAAAUCGUACAAGUUUCCGGUCGAUUAUGUGGAAAAAGUGCGGGAAAUUCACUCGAAGGGCGGUUAUGGCUCGAUCGGGUACGGAUACGAUUGGAAGUUGGAAGAGGCACAGAAGAAUUUGUUGCGAACGCAUACGACAGCGGUGACGGCGAGGAUGUUGUAUAAGUUGGCGCAGAGCGGACAAGGCGAUAAACCGGCGAAAUUCUUCAGUAUUGAUAAGGUUUUCAGGAAUGAGACGCUCGAUGCGACGCAUUUGGCGGAGUUUCAUCAAGUCGAAGGAAUCGUCGCUGGUCGAGGAAUAAGCCUCAGCAACCUAAUUGGCAUUUUGUACGAAUUCUUCCGUAAACUCAAUAUCACAGAUUUGGAGUUCAAACCAGCUUACAAUCCCUACACCGAGCCAAGUAUGGAAAUUUUCGUCUUUCAUCCGGGCUUGAAAAAAUGGAUGGAAAUUGGCAAUUCGGGCAUGUUCCGUCCCGAAAUGUUGCGACCUUUUGGAAUUCCCGAAGGCGUUAACGUGCUCGGAUGGGGCUUGUCUUUGGAGAGACCCACAAUGGUGAAAUACGGCCUCGAUAAUAUUCGCGAUUUGGUUGGACCGAAAGUUGAUCUCAAAAUGGUUCAAGCAAACCCGAUUUGUCGACUCGAUAAGGAUUAAAAUGAGCGAAUAAAAAGUUUAUUAACAAGUUUUUUUUUUUACUUUG